AGAGAAUGGAUACAGCUUGUACAAUCCACUGCUAUGUCUUCAGUAUUAGACAUUUUCCACCGCAUAGACUUUAAACUUAUAGGAUGUUUUGAUGAACAAAACUACAGAGAAAGGUGAUGUGGCAUAUUAGUGAACAUGUUUUGGUUAGUGACUGGAAACCACCGAUAUGCUCUCUGGCUCAACAUCAAGAAGAGGAAGUAGCACUAAGAGUGGUUGAAACUGUUGAUACAUGUUUGUCAAGAUUAGCACAAUACAAUGUCUUAAUCAGGGUCAAAGGGUUUGUGUCAAUUUCAAUAGAAAACUACUGACACACACUUUAUUUGCAUGAGGGGAGUUUUGCUGCUAUAUAAGAGAGUGCUUCUCUACUCCAGAGACACGUAUUCAGCUGUUGCAUCUUUUGGUGUUAAACAAUUGAACUUCACUCGGAAUCUCAGAACCAAUCAGUUUUCUUCCAUCAAGAUCUUGUAUAGUCAUCCUUAACGCUGAGGACUGCAUAUCAUUGUACGUUACGUGACGCACACUCAAACUCUCAACAUGGCAACCACACUGCAUUUGAUCGGUGGUGGAGGAGGCAGUUCAUUUGAAUUCCACGGCAUGAACAACGGUGCCACCCUCAAGAAGAUUGGAGUGGCGGUGGAAGGCUGGCAGGUCAAAGCUGUGCGGGCGGAGCUUACCGACGGGCGCGUUGAGACCUUUGGGAAUUCACACACUUUCAGUGAGUUUGAGUUCGACCUCGGCGAGCGCAUCACCAAGCUGUCACUGUGGGGUAACGGCGCCGGCACACGUCUAGGUGCCAUCAAGUUCAAGACGAGUAAGAACCGGGAGUUCUUUGAAAAAAUGACCAGCUGGCCACUGAAGACUGAGUACACCAUAGAUGUGGGGUCCGGAAUCUGCCUGGGACUGGAGGGUAGGUCUGGCUCGGACAUCGACUGCAUGGGCUUCCUCUUCAUCAACACCAUCAAGUCGUCCGUGCUGACCGACAUGGAGUAUCCCACCCUGUCCCUCUUCAAACCCCAGGUGACCCCAGAAUAUGUGAAAUCCGUUUCUCACCACAAUGACACCUCAUUGGUUCAAGAAGAGUCCAUUACAUACAGCAAGACCCUGACCAAGACUUCCUCCUGGUCCGUCAGCAACAAGAUAGAAUCCACCUUGAAUGUGUCGGUCAAAGCAGGGAUCCCAGAUCUGGUUGAGGUGUCAUCAGGGUUCAGCUUGACCGUGGGAGUGCAGCAAUCCACCAGCCUGCAGAAGACAGAGACCAUAACAGAAUCGGAUACCAUCAGCCUGAAGAUCCCUCCAGGGAAGACCAUGGAUGUUGAGAUCACAGUGGGGAAAGCAAAUAUAGACCUCGACUACAGAGCCACAGUGAAAGUCACCUGCAUGAACGGCAGUCAGCUGGUCUUCCCAUCCAAUGGCAUCUACACCGGUGUGACUUACACUUCAGCGAGGGUAUCCACAAAGGAGAGAUGAGACAAGUGUAUGACAUCAUGAAUAGUAUGCACAGUGAUAGAAUGUGACACCAUUACUAAAUCUAUGUGCGCCUUUUCUGUUAUUAUGAUCAUCUUUGAGUGAUUCUGAUUGAACCCAGUUGACUCAGCUCUGUCUCUGUCUCUGUCUUCUGUCUCAGCAGAGGGUAUAACAACAGGUGGAUCAUUCCUACAAUCCGUUGCCUUUUGUGUCCAAUGACAUUUUAACACAUGUUUUGUGUGAAUUAUUGAACAACAUUCAUUUCAAAAGGUUGUGUUAUAUACGGUUACACCCCCAUUUACCAUAAAAUAAAUCAAUGUUAAGUAACGAUAUCUUAAUUUCAUGAAUAUUAAACCAUUAUAUUAAACCAU